GGACACUGAAAACUGAAUGUGGGAGGUUUGUAUCUUCAAGACUGACCCUUGGAGGAUCGGUAUCCCUUGCUUGAAAAUUCAACUAGUUAGUUAGAAAGGAAAUGUUAAGAAAAGGUUGUACAAAUGGCUUGCGGGCCCUUAAAUUUGGAAAAGUUUGCUAUAUUCAUCAUUCGAAGUUUACUUGUGCACCUUGUAUCGCUUACUUUGGAGGACAGCGCAGUCAGUUUUUGGACGCGUCAAUGUUGAAAUUACCAUCGUCUCAGAUCCAAUUCAUACCAAAAAAUGCAUUUUCAACUUCAUCGGGAAAAGGUUCGUCAGACGAUGAUAGUGGUAUUGAUCCAGAUGGCUUACCUACUUCAAAUGCACAUGAAUCUGAUCCAUCAUCUACGCCACUUCCUCCUGCAGUUCCACCAUUAGCAUUGUCUCCACAAAAUAUCCCAGAGAAUUUCCCUAUUGUACCGGUGAUCGCAAUAUCUGGUUCACCGUUAUUCCCAAAAUUUGUUAAAAUGAUUGAGAUCACUGAUUCACGUCUGAUAAGUCUUAUUCGUCGAAAAAUCAAAUUGAAUGCUCCAUAUGCGGGAAUAUUUUUAAAGAAACCAAAUACAGAACAGUCAGAUGUCGCAAAUAGUAUGGAUGAAUUGCAUCGAGUUGGCACAUUUGUACACAUUCCUGAAUGGGAUGAUUUAGGCUCGAAAAUUCGACUACUAGUUAUUGGACAUCGUCGCAUUGAACUGAUUCGUCCAGUUGUAGAGGAUAAUGUAGAAGAAGAGAUCAGCUUGCCAGCAGUCGGAAAACGUAACAGUUUAGUUCGACGCGCUAAACGCGCAGCGGUCAAAAUCACAGAAUCUUUAAGUUCUAAACCAUCAAAUAAUCAAACAUCAUCACCAUCUUCGGAAGAUACAACAUCUAUAAAAGGUGAAAAUCAGUCAGAUAGCAACACUAGUGAUGGGAGUAGUAGUAGUGGUAGUUCCAGUGCUUCCACAAUAUUGGAUAACCUUGAACUUGGUGCUUCUUCACCAGUUUUAAUUGGUGAAACAAUUAAUCUCUAUCAUGAUCUGUAUGAAAAUACACAAGAAAUUAAGGCUUUAAGCGCUGAAAUUGUAAAGACAAUCCGAGAUAUAAUUAGUCUUAACCCUGUGUAUCGAGAAAAUGUUCUUGCGAUGCUCCAAGCUGGACAACGUGUUGCUGAUAAUCCUGUAUACCUCAGCGAUUUAGGAGCCGCAAUGUGUAGUGCCGGUGAUACAGAAGAAUUACAAGCAGUUUUAGAAGAAAUGAAUAUUCAUAAACGUCUUCGAUUAUCAUUAAAUUUAGUUAAAAAAGAAUAUGAAUUAGGUCGACUUCAACAACAAAUAGGUCGUGAAGUUGAAGAGAAAGUUAAACAACAACACAGACGUUAUAUGCUUUCAGAACAAUUGAAAGUAAUUAAAAAAGAACUAGGUUUAGAGAAAGAUGAUAAAGAUACAAUUGUUGAAAAGUUUCGUAUGCGUUUAAAGGAUUUAACUGUUCCAUCUGGUGUUAUGGAAGUGAUCGAUGAAGAAUUGAAUAAAUUAAGCGUUUUAGAUAAUCACUCUUCAGAAUUCAAUGUAACACGUAAUUAUUUGGAUUGGUUAACUGCACUACCUUGGGGUGUAACAAGUGAAGAGCAUUUAGAUAUUGGACAAGCAAAGAAAAUUUUAGAUGAAGAUCAUUAUGGAAUGGAUGAUGUGAAAAAACGUAUCCUGGAAUUCAUUGCUGUCAGUCAAUUGAAAGGUUCAACACAAGGCAAAAUUUUAUGUUUUUGUGGUCCACCUGGAGUUGGUAAAACCAGUAUUGCUAAUUCAAUAGCUCGUGCAUUAAAUAGAAAAUAUUUUCGUUUUUCUGUCGGUGGAAUGUCUGAUGUAUCUGAAAUCAAAGGUCAUAGACGUACUUAUGUUGGUGCUAUGCCUGGGAAAAUUAUUCAAUGUCUUAAAAAAACUAAAACUGAAAAUCCACUCAUUUUAAUCGAUGAAAUCGAUAAAUUAGGUCGUGGAUGGCAAGGUGAUCCAGCUAGUGCUUUAUUAGAAUUACUUGAUCCAGAACAAAAUGUUAAUUUCCUUGAUCAUUAUCUUGAUGUUACAGUAGAUUUAAGUCGUGUAUUAUUCAUUACAACAGCAAAUCAAUUAGAUACAAUUCCAGAACCAUUAAGAGAUCGUAUGGAAGUGAUUGAAGUAUCCGGUUAUGUUGAAGAAGAAAAAUUAGCCAUUGCAAAACGUUAUCUUCUUCCAUUGGCUACUCGAAAUUGUGGUCUAGAUGAUAAUCGUCUUUUAAUUGAUGAUAAUGCAAUAAAACGUUUAAUUAAACAAUAUUGUCGUGAAAGUGGUGUACGUAAUCUACAAAAGCAUAUUGAAAAAAUUGUUCGUAAAGUUGCUUAUCAAUUAGUCAAUGCAGAGAAAGAUCCACCAAUUCUAGUCAAUAGUGAUAACUUAACCACAUAUGUUGGUCAACCAAUUUGGACAUCAGAUCGUUUGUAUGAUUCUAUCACACCACCUGGGGUUGUUAUGGGUUUAGCUUGGACAUCAAUGGGUGGUUCCGUUCUAUAUAUUGAAUGUACUAAUAAAAAACCGAAAUAUUUCUACCAAUCUACCAAUACUACUGAUUCACACAGUGAUAGUAGUAGUGAUUCAGAGGAAGUAUCUAAUAAAAAAGGGAUUUUACAAGUAACUGGGAGUUUAGGAAAAGUUAUGAAAGAGUCUAUAUCUAUCGCUCAUACAUUUGCUACACAAUUCGCUGCUUCCGGUGCUCCAUGCUUUUCUACAACUACUGUCACUGAUAAUGAUAGUGCUGAUAGUAAUAAUAAUCAAGAACAGUGUAUGCUUAAUCCAACAGAAUCUUCAAAAGCAGCUUUAUUCCUUCAAGAAUCUGAUAUUCAUUUACAUGUUCCUCAAGGUGCUACACCUAAGGAUGGUCCAUCUGCUGGAGUAACUAUGGUAACGGCUUUGUUAAGUUUAGCAUGUGGUAAACCUGUUCGUCCUAAUCUAGCUAUGACUGGUGAAAUAAGUUUAACUGGUAAAGUUCUGCCAGUCGGUGGUAUCAAGGAGAAAGUUAUCGCAGUAAGUUAUAUACUUUCUCAUAAUAUGAUAAUUUUUGAAUUUCUAUUUGAAACUAUAUAUGGUAGUAUUGAUUUGACCCACAAAUGCUCUUACGGUCACAUGUAUACAGCCACUCCAAGGAAGUUGGUUGGUGGAUACGGAGGGUCCACCUAGGGGAGUUGGAAAACCCUGAUUCCAAACCAAUUGUGCAUAUUGGCUUUAGGAUCAUGAGGGGACAAAUGGUCUAUGAACCUAUUGUCGGUCACCGGUUACCACGGUGUCGCAUCUUCUAACGUUGUUCCACUGCCUUGUGGGUCAGACCUAUAGAUCAAAGUCCCGGGUAGUGGCCCCCUGAGAAAACUACUUGGUUCAGUUUGGGCACCCGGGAAGUAUUCCAGCCCUCACACAAACCGAUUGAUUUGUGUGGUACAUGUAUAUUUGGUUCCCCCUUGUAACAAUAUUUAUGUGUUUAAAUAAAUAAAAAGUAUUGAUUUGACUUUCACAACUUUCAUAAGUUUGUAAAUCGGUUAACGAACUAACACAGAGGAUGGUGGCCACUCGAUUAUCAGCCAAUUGGUUGACCUCAUACAAAUGAAUAAGGUGUUGUUCUCCCUUUAAAGGAAGAAGACACCUUAUUAGUGUAAAAUGUAGCUUACGUUUUUAGGGGACCAAUAUAUAUAUGUAUGUGUGAAUGAGUGUACAAUUGUUUUUCGUUUCGGUUGGUUAAUAAAUAGAUUUCUUGUUACUGAAGUAGUCGUUUAGGCUUGCUAAUAAGAAGCUUGUUUAACAGUAUUAGAAUCGAACACAAAGUUAAGACAGUUUUAUCAUUUCUUCCAAUAUUUCAUGUGACACAUGCGUUGUCCAAUGAAAAUGAACUAAUCUUUGUGCAAUAAGUAGUGUUACAUCAUACAGGGUUACUAAACUGUGUCACUUUUAACCUUGGUUUUCGUUCUAGGUAGAACUCGUCAGCAUUCUGUACAUAUAUAUUCUUGAAAGGAUUUAUUAUAACUGUAUAAUUCGGAUCCUUGUCAUCUAGUUGCAAAGUCUGAGACGUUAUCAUUAAGCUAUAUUAGUCACGACUGACCUGCUAUAAAAGUGAAAUAUUUUGAUUGAUUGAUCCUUAGAGUAAUGACUAUUGUCAUGGUUGUUUAGUACUGAUCGAACCAUCUCGGUUGCGUUUUCAAAUGGUAGUUAGGUAGUAAUAGUCAACCUCCAACCUGUCAAAACAUAUCAAGAUUAGAUUAUCGAAAUUUAUGGCAAAACAAACCGGAAUAAUUAUUAGUAACGAGGGUAGUAAGGAAAACUUAACAUUGAAUAUAAGUAGUGGAGAUAAAUAUUGGGUGUAAUCUACACCACUGUAACUAAUUCUGAACCAUAUUACCCACCAUUUACAACCAUUGAUCACAGUUUUCUGCCUUUAUGAUUAUAUAUAUUUCACUGGUUGAAAUCAUGAGUCAACUGAAGCUAGACCACCAUGGAAAACGUGGAAACAUCGGACGGCCGUCUUGUCCUACUGUGGGACACCUCAGCAGUGCGCACCCACGAUCCCGCACCCUGCGACAUUCGAACCCAGGACCUAUCAGUCCCGCGCCAGGCGCUUAACCUACUGGACCACUGAGCCGGCAUCCAGCGGUGUUAAUGUCUAACUUCAACCAAUCCAUGAAGUUGCACUACCGUAUACCAUUGUCUUCAGUGAGUUAAUAUCUCACAACAGACCUGGUUGAUCAUCACUGUUAACGACUUCUCACUAGAACUCCAGGAGUAUCUCCUAAAAUCAGUCACUAGUGAGCAAGUGAUUAUUAUUAUCAGAAUGGAUUUUGUGGGGAUUUUUAGAAUUUUCAGUGGUUGAAAUCAUGAUAGGUCAUGGGUUCGAAUCUCACGAGGGGGCGAGAUCGUGAAUGCGCACUGCUGAGGAGUCCCAUACUAGGACGAGACGUCCAUCCAGUGCUUCUAGGUUUUCCACGAUGGUCUAGCUUCAAUUAACUCAUGAUUUCAAUCAGUGAAAUUUCUAAAAAUCUCCACAAAACCCAUUCUGAUUAUAUAUAUAUAUCACCUAUCGUACUUCAUCUCUACAGGAGACAAAUGACACAUAGCAAUAUCUCAUUUAUUCAAUUAGUUGUUGAGACAUUCAACUUUCAAUAAAUAAGCCAUAAGUUCGAAUCCUAUUCUGUAUCAUUAUUCUUUUCUUUUCUUAUUUAUAAAUAGGCUAAACGUGGUGGUAUAACAAGUAUCAUUUUACCAGAAGCAAAUCGUAAAGAUUAUGAUGAUUUAGCAUCGUUUAUCAAAGAUGAUUUACAAGUUUAUUUUGUUCAACAUUAUAAAGAAAUUUUCCCAGUGGCAUUUUCACAAACCUAAAAAAUCGAUGAUACACAAUAGAAAAGGAAAAAAAUAGGAGGUGUGAACUGGUUUGUUUGCUUAACUUAACAUAC